AUGUCCACGGCCUCAACCAAUACAAUUGAUACGGCCAAAUUGGCCUUGAUAUCCCAGGGAUCGGCAUAUGGCCUCCUUGUCGGCCUAAGUGUCGUCUUUUGCGGCGUGAUUCUCAUUGCCGUGAAGGUCCAGAAAGCCUAUCUAUCUGAGGACUCUGGCAAGUCCGAGAUGUUCAUGGUAGCUAAUCGAUCAGUUGGUACUGGUUUGACGGCGUCUGCGGUGUUCUCUUCAUGGAUGUGGAUAAAUGAAACAGUAUUGGCUGCGGCAAUGUGCUAUCGUUAUGGUCUGGCUCUUCCACUGUGGUGGGGCUCUGGUCUGUGUUUUCAAAUUGCAUUGAUGGCAGCACUAGGGGUCAUGGCAAAAAUUCGAGUUCCAUAUGCGCAUACUUCUCUGGAAGUUGUCCGCAUGAGAUAUGGAAAGAUUGGCCAUCUUGUUUUCAUCGUGCUAAAUCUUGUCAACAAUGUUUUUGGCUGCGCUUCGAUGAUCAUGACAGGAUCACAGCUGAUUUACGGUGUCUCUGGAAUGCAUUUUGUUGCAGCUACUAUUCUUAUUCCCCUUGGAGUGGUGCUCUAUACCGCAGUGGGAGGCUUGAAGGCCACGUUCCUCACAGACUUCCUUCACACAGCCAUUGCGCUGAUUCUUAUCAUCUACUUUACGAUUGCUGUCUUGACCAAUUCUGCCGUCGGUGGCCUGGGUGGCCUAUAUGACAAGGUUGUGGCUACAGCAAGCGAUAAUUAUGUCUCGGGAAACUAUGAGGGAUCACUCCUUACAUUCAAGUCAAAGGGCGCAAUCAUCUGGGGCUUGAUCUUGAAAUUUGGAAACUUGGCCCUGGUUGUUAUGGAUACCGCAUUCUGGCAGAAGUCUUUCGCGACAGAGGUCCGGGCUACCGUACCGGGCUAUAACAUCGCUGCUAUCGCAGUCUUUGGAAUCCCAUGGGGACUUGGAACCAUCAUUGGCUUGACGGCUCGAGCGAUUCAUAAUACGCCCAUCUUUCCAACAUACCCCGGCCCACUCACUUCUACAGAGGUCAGUAUGGGUAUGGUGAUGCCUUACACUCUGAAGGCACUCCUUGGAGACAAGGCUAUUAUCGGAUUCUUCUUUCUACUUUUCAUGGCCCUUACGAGCACUAUCUCCUCGUCCAUGAUUGCGGUCAGCAGUAUUCUGUCAUAUGAUCUCUACAAGACCUACCUCAACCCCAAGGUGACUGAUAAGCAACUUGUGCGAGUGAGCCAUCUAACUGUAGUUAUCCACGGGGUGUUCAUUACCGGGAUUUCAAUUGCUUUGAACUAUGGAGGUGCCAACAUGACCUGGAUCGGUUACUUAAGACCCAUCAUUUCUUGUCCCGGCAUUAUCCCGCUGAUUCUCACCUUGUUUUGGUCCCGUCAAACUCGCCUGGCCGCGAUCGUGUCGCCGAUUCUCGGAUUCCUCACUGGGCUUACUGUUUGGCUCGCAACCGCACAGUCCAUGUAUGGCGCCAUCAAUAUCGGCACCACUUCGAGUAUAUACCCGGCGCUGUACGCAGCCAUCGCGUCCUUCUUCUCACCUGCCCUCUACUCCGUCGUAUUGUCGCUCUACAAGCCUUACAAAUUUGAUUGGCGCGAGUUCCUGCGCAUCGAACUGGCGGACGAAGCUCAGCUUCAUGCCGACUCCGACGUCAGUACUCUCAAUGAAAGCAGCGACGACGAAAAAUCAAGAGGUCGUAAGGGUGUUUCCGCAGCUAUCAAUGCAGUACCUGAGGGCCCUGAUUCCGCGCUCACUAGCAAAAGCGAUCUCGAGCAGCCUCCAAGCGAGAAGACUCCGGCGCAGACUCAGACAUCGCCCUCAAGGUCUACGUCCAACCUUGAUGAUGUUCAGCACCCCUUCGAUGAGCAAACCUUGAAAGAGCUCUACCGUUGGCUUAAAAUUGCGUGUAUCAUGUUUGUGCUCAUUGUUUUGGUUACGUUUGUCGCCUGGCCACUUCCGUUGUAUCGCAAUUACAUCUUCACAAAGUCAUUUUUCUCGGGCUGGACUACAGUGGCAAUCAUUUGGCAAUUCGGUGCAUUUGGUGCAGUGGUCAUAUUCCCUCUUUACGAUGGAAGGCACGCAAUUGCGACCGGUGCACGUGGGGUUUGGGGUUCUACAAAAGAGUUUUUCGGCAAAAAAUAG